GUGCUGGCAACAUAGCGAACCAGUUUAUAAACGAGCAAGCACGUCGCGGAUCAGUGGCCGUUUCCAUUUAAGAAAAAUGGUUUUAUCCAGUUAAAGUUUGGUUUAUUAAGUAGGAGUUUAGUGCAAAUUGAAGGAAAUGAAUGGGGAAAACGAUAACGACACUUGGCUGAGCAGCUGGGAACAACAGUGUGCCGAAACGAUCGAAAAUCAGCCCGAUUACGACCACUCUUUGGCCCAGGAAAAUGAACAUUUUCAGAGGAAAGUUUGGAAUAGUUUUCAGGACUCUGCCACUGCCAUAGCACAGCUUUAUAGAGAUCGCUAUGCUGGAGAACCAGGAACCAUGUGGUUUCAGUUUCAAACUGCAGCUGGUACAGUUACUACCUUGUAUAAAGAUUCUUGUGAAAGCCUUAAAAGAACUACAGAACUAGCAAAACAGAGUGGUCACCAAAAAAGAAAUAAUGAACUCCUCAAUUGGGCAAAAAGGAAAAGACGGCUAAUAAGAAGAGAGGAUCUGUUGGCUUUUUUAUCUGGCAGGCCACUGCCAACAAGACAGAACCAUCAUCAUCACCACCAUAACCACCAUAGGUUGUCCCCUAGACCGAGAAAUAUUUCCCCACCACCUCAUCACACUGCCAGGGAUUCAGCCACUCCUCACUUAAUAGACCCUAAUUUACAUAUGUUCAGGGAGGCACUGACAAAUAAUUCUCGAAGGGGCAGUAGCCCCCAAAUGGGUACAGACUUAUGUACCUUUAUAUCAGGUGAAAUGAUGAGACAUGGAGCAAAGAGGUCUGCUUCACCUAAUGAUGUGACUAUGGGAAGUCCUACACCUCAAAAGAGGAGCCGGUAUAUGUGACUAUAAGAAAAAAAACCUUUCGCAUGAAUCUUGGAAAAUCAGGAAAUAAGUACUUUAGUAAAUAGACCUUUAUUUAUUGUAAAAAGUGUACAGAUAUUUACACAAGUGCAACCAUUAUUAUAAUUGCUGAUAUUGAAAUAUUUACAAUAUGUUUGUAUAUUUUCAGAAGACAUAAUAAUAUAGGGUGUCUGUGUUAAUAUUUAUUGAAAAUAAAAAGUGGUCAGUUUUAGCUGAAAAUAAUUAAACGUAUGGCAGUUUUUUUGUAGACAAGUAGCCAUUUUACAGCUUUUUUUAUAUGAAAAAUCCAUUUUGUUUCUACUUCACCUUAACAUAGUUCAGUUAUUGGCAUAAAAAUUGGUAUUUUUGAAAUAUUCCAAUAUCUGUAAAUUACAAAAAGCAACCAAUAGAAAAUAAUGCAACUUUUUUUAGAAUAUUUCUAACUUAUUGUUGAUAGUAUAAAAUCUUAACUUAAUUUUUUCAACAAUAUUUUGUUAAGUUUAUGUAUUUAUUUUGUAAUUCUUACCAAAUAUUAGUACAAUUUUUUUUAUGAGUUGAAAAGAUUAGGUGGAUAAUUAUUAUUGUUUUGGAGGAUAAAUUAAUUUUUAAAUUGCCUAUGAUAAUUGUGACAUAUUUUAGAAUUUUUAAGUUACUUAUGUACAUUUAGAGUUGUAUUUAUAUUUAUAAAAUUUACUUACACAUUAAUCUAUGUAAUUUUUAAUUUUUUUUUCAAUAAUAUGGGUUUUCAGCACAGUGCCUUUUUAAAACUUUAUUUUGCAAGUGAACUUGAUUAAAACGAUUAAAUUCAGUUUAAGAUAAAUUAUUGUAGGGGAGACUGGCCUAAAAUGACAUACCACUUUAUUUUUGCUUAUUAAUUUUUUAUUCUUUUAAUGUAAACAUACAAAAUCAUUAGUAAUUUAUAAUACAUAAGAAUAUAACCUAAUUCUUUUAAAAAUAAAUGUAUAAUCCGGGCGAAAAAAAUAUAAAAAGAAAUAUGUAAAUGUGUCAUUUUACCCGAGCAUACUUGGGUAAAAUGACAUAAGAAACUUACAUAGGUACAUAAGGUCAUUACAAGUUAAAACUAACAAAGUUCACAUACAUAUUGUUUGCUUCUUUUAGAAAUACCAGCACACUCACAAUGUGCCCAUUUCGAGCAGGAUUGACAACUAACCCACGUUUCCUUGGACUUGGACAUAGAGUACAAACUGUUACAAUAUAGGCAGGGUGGAUCAUCUUCGUCGUCUUCAUCUUGAAACGGCUCUUCAUUAUCAGAGUUUUCGUCCAUUGGGACAAAGUGUUCGGAUGCUACUAUGGCAGCCUUACGUGUUAUGCGGUUUUUACUUUCUUUGGCAACUUCUUUGAUUUGAAUAACUUCUUUUAAACUUUCAGGGCUUUCAACUAAAUGAGUUACAUUUUUUUUUGGUUCCUUUCGCGGCUUUGCGAAAUUCAGCAGCUUGUUUUUCCGCUUCUCUAGCUUUAAGUUCCUCUAAUAUUGGGGUACUCGUAAGCACUUUGGUUCCUUCUGCCUUCCGCUUUCUUGGGUUUGCUUGUAUCCCGGAUGAACUUGGAAGAGAGGAAAUGUCUUGUGGGCGAAUAACUGAAAUGUUGUUUAUAUUCAUUGAAUGGUUAGCCACUUGGGUAUCACCAUCUUGAUAUCUAUCUGUGACCAUUGCAGGGUUAAACAGAUAAUCAGGAAAUAUAUCUGGGUUUAGCGGCCAUAUUCCUGUUUUCAUAAAUCCACUUACAGCAUUUUGAUUUGUAGCUGCUUUUCCAUAUGCUGCAGCAAAUAACCCGCCAAUCUGAUAUGAAGAAACAGUUCUGCCUGGAUGACAUUUUAGCCAUUUUGUAACUUCUUGAUCAUAAAAUGUUUUUAAUGGCCCAAAAAAGCACACAUCUAAGGGUUGCAGCCGGUGGGUGCAAUGAGGUGGGAAACAUAUCAUUUCUAUUCCAUUUUCUUUAGCAAAUCUUGUAAAAUCUAGAGUUUUAUGGCUAGCAUGACCAUCAACCAGAAGUAACACUUUAUUUGCCUUUGAAGAAUUAGAAUAUUCUCUAAAAUGGUGCAUCCAUCUUAGAAAAAUCUCGCCCGUCAUCCAGCCUGUCUCCUGAGCUAUUCCCAAUGUACCUAAGGGAGCCUCGUCGGUCAGUUCCUUUUUCCAGUUUUUUCUGGGAAAAAUUAAUGAUGGGGGAAUAUAGGCUCCUGCUGCGCUCAUGCAAACCACAGCUGUAAUAUGCUGCCCCCUUUUAGCACUUAGCCAAAAGCCAAAAAUUAAGAAUCUAACCAGAAAUUAAGCCAACUUGUUUUCGACCAAUUUCGGCCAACUCUUUGUCAAUUGUCUCUUGGAAAGUUCUAAAAAAAUUAGCAAUUUGCGGUUUAUUGAAGGAUUGUGCUCUAGCGGCCGAAGUAGCUUCAGGCUUUCUAAGAGAUAUAUCGGGGUUUCUGGACCUAAAUCCACGUAGCCAAUCCCAACCAGCCAUUUUAGUUGAGUUGAACCUGUGUGCAAUUCCAUUUCUUUCUGCCAGUUGAUACGCCAAGGAACGAACUUCAUCGCAUGAUAAACCAAAUAAACAAGAUUCCAAUAAUUUGAUAUGUUGAACUAGGUCCCUCUCCAACUCUACGGAAAACGUGGUUUCGUAUCGGCCUAGACCCUUAUCAGUAGCUUUGACUCUUUUAUUUUUGUCCGAUGCUCGUCUUCUUAGCGUAGCCUAGGGUAGGCCAAAUGUUUUUGAAGCCUUGAGCCAGCCCAUUUCUCCAUUUUGUACUACCGCAAUAGCUUUUUGCAUCUGUAACGGAUCCCAAGACUGACGCGUGGUUUUUCUUGAGUAAUUUCCAACCAUUCUAAAAAAAUAACAAGAAACAAUUUAUUUUCAGAAACUGUAAAAAAAAUAAGGGCAAAUUGACAUACUAUGUCAUUUUAGCCAUAUAGGUCCUAUGUCAUUUUACCCAACUUGCACCACAAACACAUGUUUAUUUAUGAAAAUGUUAUUUAUCAAAAAAAAUUUUUAAAUGUUGUUAUUUUACCAAUAAAUAAGAUUAAUACAAACCUAUAAUUAGGUUAGAGCGUAAAAAAUUAAACUUUAAAUACUUUAGUUAAAUCUUCUGUUUUAAAACACAAACAUUUUGUAGACUUGAAAACAAAGCACGCCCUAUGAACGUUAACGCCAAACUAAUCUCGAGAUUUUUAAUACGCGUCAGUGUUGCCAGUAGGCCCAACAAAAAUUAUUGUCUGGGUGAACCGAAAUUAUCGUAAAUUAUCGUACGAUAGAUGGCGUGAGUAUACAGGAUGGAGUCAGUAGGAAUUUUUAGUGCGAUUUUUUUAUGAAGCGCCCAUUUAUUCAAAACUUGUAAAAAAAACACAAAAUAUACACAAAUAAUAAUAUAUUGAAAAUAAAUAGAAUCCUUCAAAAACAAAACAGGUAUAGAUACAAGCGAAAAAGAAAACAUAAAUGUAGGUACGUAGUACAUGUUUCAACCUACUUAAGCCUUAUCUGUUUCAAAAUUUAUUGAAACAUUAAAUUAUAACACCUAUAUAACUAUGCUUCGUCAAAAAUAAUAUCGUCAUCAGGAUCCAAGUAUUCCAAGUCUAUAUUAGUUGGUUUUUUGUUACAACCAUAAAGAUUGUAUGAAGUCAUCGAGCCUAUCAUGUCAUUAUUUGGUUCAAAACCAAUGCAACCUUUAUCAAAAUUUUUAACAUGUUGUGAUGAGUGCAUAAUACCAUUAAUUGUCGUUAUAACUAAACGAUUUCGACUUUCAGUUUUAACUAAAUUAAUUUUGGAAAAUUGUCUUUCACAGUUUGCACUAGAAUGCGGCAGUGACAAAACUGAUAACGCAAAUUCACUUAUUUCUUGAAAUAAGUGAGUUCCUUGAAUAUCUUUUAUUUCUCCAAGUUCGAAAUUAAAGGUAUCUAAAUCUUCUGUUGUAGGUAGAUGUUCACUAGGCCUAAUUUGCAACAACCUCCAUUGGUCAUCGAUUUUUUGAGCCUUUUGUAGAUCAUCUUGGUCACAAAUACGUGGCACCUCUUUUAUUAAGGGAAAUAUGCUAGAGUGCAAUUUUAUUUGAUUUUUAUUAAGCAUACCUAAUUUGCUUAGGAUAGGAUCAUUAAAGUCGUAUCUUUUUUUUAUUUCUAAGCAUGAUGUUAUUAAAAAUCUUCGGCACCUUUCAUAAAAGUCAAUUUUCGUUGGCUCAUCCACGCUGUUGACAUUUUGCGCAAUGCCUACCCCAAGAUACAUAUUUUGGUAAAUUACAAAUUUACUCUCAUCACUAGGAUUAAUAUUUUUAUGUCAUUUUGCCUUAUGUACUGGGGAUUCAUAUAUGUGAGAAGAAGAUCUUUAUAGGUGCUAACCAUUUUAUCAUGUAGUGAUGUUAUUACCACUUUAUCACUUUGAAAAUACUUAUUCAAUUCAGUCCAGAAAUAUAUAAAAUAAUUUUAUAUGUUUAUCAUUUAAAUCGUGAUAUAUUUCUUCACUAGCUAGCAAACGAUGUUCAACAUAAUUGGACGUGAAAAAUAGUCGUAAAGGUUCCCAUUGCUCAAGUAUUCUCUUUACAACUGAUAAAAGCGAAAGCCAUCUUGUUUGCGAUGGGCGAAGAAUUUGGUGUGAAUCAACUUGACAAAAAUCUUGGAAUUCCUUAAACAUUGCUUGUCGCUUUGAGCUCUGCUUAAAAUAGUUAUAAAUGUUUCUCGCCAUAUCUUCGCACCUUCUAGGCAAGUUUUUGCAAGCCUCGCUGGCAUAUAAAUGUAAAGAGUGACAGAUACAUUUUUGCACUAUAAUGCCAGGCAGUUCGUCUUUUAAAUCUGCUCGAUACCGAUUUUUUUUUCCCAAACAUACUGUUGCAGCCAUCAGAUGCGAAUCCAAUAAUAUUUUUUAAUGAAAUUUUCUAAUUAACUAAAGUUUUUUUAAUUUCAUGAAAUAAUCUCUCAGCUGUUGCACCUUCAUUGGCCUGAUCUGGAUUGUCUCCAGAAAAUAUUUGUAUUAGUUUCCAAUAAAGAGUAUUAAUUUUUUUUUAUCAAAAAAUCUCACGCAGACACAUAGGGUUUUAAUCGCAGCUAUGUCAGUAGACUCGUCUAUAAUGAGACUAAAUUUAUUUAAUUGUAAAAUGGUAUUUAACUCACUCUCAGAGCAACGACCAAUAAUAUUUUUCAUUACUUGAGUUGCUUUAGUUCGAUGCAAAUUCAUCCCUUUUGCUAUUUUGGAAUCCGGGAAACAUUCUUUGAUUAUAUCCGUUAAAUGAUCAACACAGUUAAAAGCAAUAUUGUACUCUGCUAAAAAACCAGUAAGUUUUAUUUCUGCCCGUUUUAUUUGCCUCUCUUCGGAUGUACAUACCUCUUUUUUCUUAAAUAAAUCUGCGACUGAUGUUGUUGGCAUUCCUUUGAUUUUUAACAAAUGUUUUGCCGAUUUUGAAUGAUUUUUUAUGACCAUAAUUUUCGCCGUAAAUACAGCAUUGCAGGCAGGACAUCUUGCUUUUCCAUUAUCUACAAAAACACAACAACUUGUGCAACAUGUGCAUAUUUUACCAAAUAUUAAUUUACCGCUAUCCGGAAACAAUCACCCUUUAAAUUCCUCGUUUGCUUCCCAUUCUCUGCGGUAUUUCUGGCUUCUAUGUUUACCUUUUUUGCUCUCACCUCUUCGAAUUUUUUUGUAUUCAGGUGUCCUACAUAUCUUUCUUUUUUCUCCGCAUUCAGAAGUUUCAGAGUCUGAUGAAGACAUUAUUUUACCUUUUUUAUUGAAAUUUACAAGCUUGUGCUUUUCACAAUUCGAGUUCACUAACACCACACCACUAAACUAACCGCAAUAAUAAAAUAAAAUCCAAACUAAACAAAAGAUGGGGAUUCCCCGAAAAACAUAACAGUCGUGCCAAACUUUAAAACGCAAACAUGAGGAAAUAAAAAUAGACACUAUUAUUUGUCUAUUUUUACUUUAAAUUUUUACAUACUAAAAAUUUUUUUUUUCAUAAUUAUGUGUUUUAAGGCAUAUUUUCGGUAAAGUCAAAAUUAUCGUACAUUUUAAUAUUAUCGUGCAUGCGGUAUCGUACAUCGUACGAAGGGCAAAAGUAUCGUACAAAAACGAUAAUUAUCGUUCACCUGGCAACGCUGAUACGCGUAAUAUAAAGACAUGCCGAGACACUGUUGACAUAAAGUUAUUCCGAAAAAUACUGUUGCCAAGUUGGAGAUUUUGUACCUAUGUUGUUUUACCCUAGUAUGUCAUUUUAGGCCAGCCUCCCCUAAUAGGUUUGAGUAUAUUAUUUGCAUUUAAAAAAAAAUAAUACAAACAAUUUACUCCCAACUAUAUUUAUUUUGUAAAUUUCCAGUUUAAUAAUCAGUUGCUUUUGCUGCAUCCCAUAUUUUUUGUAGAAACACCAUAACUGGUGCAAUUAACAACGUGAAUAAAACAAAUUAUAAAUGUUAUUUUCAAUUACUUUUGUUGUAAUGUGGUUUUGUGAAUUGUUUUUUUAUAGAAAUAUCUCUUUUAUUAGUAAUAUCAUUUACAAAAAUAUCAAUAGAAUCAACCCAUUAAAAGUGAAUUUCUGCUUGAUUCUCGAAAAUCAUCUUAUAAAAAAGGCUUUUGUUGUUUUACCUCUACAUGACAAAAAAUUAACUGAAGGGUACAUAUUUCAGGCCAAAAACUGGGUUUGUAGAGUAGUAUCCAACAAAAAUCUUUAAUAUUGACAUUUCGCAAUUAGUGCUAAUAUUUAUUAUUAAGAUAUGGUUCUAGAAAAAUACCUAUACUUAACGGCCAUAACGCCUAUUUUUGUGAUUUGAACGCGUUUAAUACAUUUUUGUACAAUUGCAUUGUAAAUGUGUAUUAUCAAUAAAAUUAUAGUUAUUUAAUUGUA